AGCCUCCCAGACGCGAAAAGGACGGCGCAGCGCGGAGCACCGGCCACCGCCUACCCUGCUCCCGCAGCCUCGAGCCGCGCGCUUUCGCCCGGUCCCCGCGCGCCCCGGCUGGCCGAGCAGCGCGCCCUCGCCGUGGGCGCCAUGCAGCGGGCGCGCCCUGCGCUCUGGGCCGCGGCGCUGACCGCGCUGGCGCUACUCCGCGGGCCGCCGGCGGCUCGGGCCGGCGCGGGCGCGGCGGGCGCGGGCCCCGUGGUGCGCUGCGAGCCGUGCGACGCGCGCGCUCUGGCCCAGUGCGCGCCGCCGCCCGCCGCGUCCGCGUGCUCCGAGCUGGUGCGGGAGCCCGGCUGCGGCUGCUGCCUGACGUGCGCCCUGCGCGAGGGCCAGCCGUGCGGCGUCUACACCGAGCGCUGCGGUGCUGGCCUCCGCUGCCAGCCGCCGCCCGGCGAGCCGCGCCCGCUGCAGGCGCUGCUGGACGGCCGCGGGCUCUGCACCAACGCCAGCGCCGCCGGCCGCCUGCGCGCCUACCUGAUGCCCGCGCCGCCCACGCCAGGAAACAGCAGCGAGUCGGAGGAGGAGCACAGUGCGGGGAGCAUGCAGGGCCAGCCCUUCCCCAGCACACACCGGCUGCCUGACACCAAGCUCCAGCCCCUGCACACCAAGAUGGAUGUCAUCAAGAAGGGCCACGCCAAGGACAGCCAGCGCUACAAGCUGGACUACGAGUCCCAGAGCACCGACACCCAGAACUUCUCCUCCGAGUCCAAGCGGGAGACGGAAUAUGGGCCCUGCCGCCGGGAGGUGGAGGACACCCUGAACCGCCUCAAGUUCUUGGACACGCUCAGCCCCAGGGGCAUCCACAUCCCCAACUGCGACAGGAAGGGCUUCUACAAGAAAAAGCAGUGCCGCCCGUCCAAGGGCAGGAAGCGAGGCUUCUGCUGGUGCGUGGACAAGUACGGGCAGCCGCUGCCGGGCUUCGACGCCAGGGGGAAGGGUGACGUUCACUGCUACAGCAUGGACAGCAAGUAGACACUGCUCACCACUUCACGUGGAGCUCAGAAACGCCUUAUUUUGCACAAGAGACCGCCAAGGACAUGAUCAGCUGGCUACAGCCCCAAUUUAUAUUUCUUUUUGUGGUGAAUUGAUUUUUCUUAUAACCAAAGUUUAGAAAGAGAUGUUUGCAGCGCUAGGGUUCUUCUGGAUGGUGGACUGGAGCCCCUUGCGCUCCCCGGGAGUCUGUGAGACAUAGUUUGGCCUUUCCUCUUGCUUCCUUUAAAAAUUCGUGUAAGUCAAGCACAGCGCGGCCGGACGCCGCCUGUCCCCGGGGGCUGUCCCCACCUGUCCGCCGGGACGGCUGGCCCUCCGCUUCAAGACCGAGCAGUUGUUACCUCUGUAGAGUGCACGAUCCGUCCCCACUCAGCCUCUGUUCUGCAAGAAUGGGGACCCCACACCCUGCUGUCUGGACGUCCCGGCUCCGGUGACAGAGAUCUUGCAAACCUGCCAGUGGCCUGUCCUGGGGAACUGGCAGAGAGCGCAGGUGGAGUCUCACGUGUAAAAAAAAAAAAAAGAGGAAAAAGACCCAGAAUGUUCUAGGGAA